AUGCCCGUCGCCGCGCCCGUCGCCGCGCCGUCACCCGCGCCCGUCGCCGCGCCAUCACCCGCGCCCGUCGCCGCACUUGGCCCGGCCCCCGUCGCGGCGCCCCGUGGUCGCUCUAAGAAGCCGGCGGGCGGGCCGAAGAACGCCGCGGCCGCGAAGCGCGCGUUGGCUCCACCCACGUCCGGGAAGAAGGUGGUCUCCCGGAAGAAGGCCGCGCCGACGCCUCCAACCGCCGAGCCCGUCGUGCACGACGUGUUUGAGAAAAUCCCCGAAGGGACGUUAUACAUGGAUCUUCUCCAAGAUGCCGAGGUAGACAUUGGGGCUCCUCCUCUCGACCCCUUUGAGUUUGGUGAUGACUUGCAUGGUGAGGAGGAGGAGGAGGACAUUGCCGAGAAGAGGUACAUGCAAAUGGCCGGUUCCAAGGGCAAGCAAUUUCCUUGGAAGCAUGUUUGGAAGCAUCUUAAGGAUUUUGAUAAGUGGAAGUUGAGGGAUCAAGAGACCGCACCCAAAAAGGCGGCAAUGGAGAGUAUGGAUGAUAGUGGCGAGGAAGAAAGGAACGCCGACAAGCCCGAGGGAACCAAGAAGGCAAAGCUUAGGAAGAAGAUGGAAGGAGAUGUGUCAAGCAUUAGGGACAAGAUGGAGACUAUGAUGAAGACAAGGGAGACAUUGACAUUGAAGACAUUGGAGACAAAGCUUCUUAUCACCGACAAGAAGAAAGAGGUGAAGCUUGCACAAGUUGAAGCAAGGCGUGAAGAAGCCAAGCGCAAGGCCGAAGAAAGGGCUCGCAAGGCCGACUUGGAGGAGAGGAUGCUUGCAAUGAAAGAAGCAAAGGCAUGGAAAGAACUCAUGUUGGAAGAGAAGGAGCACAUGAUGAUGUCCAAAAAGGACAUGGAUGAAGACCAAUUGAGGUGGUGGAAGGACUACAAGGAGGACAUCGCGGCGAGGAAGAGGAUGUUCCGUAGGGCCUCCUCUUCUCUUCGAGGUGACACUACGAUGAGUGGUUGUGGUGAUGGCGGUGUGGAGGUCUCCACCACCGGCGCCUAUGAAGCUGGCCGCCCGCCGCCUCUUCCGGCUGCGGCGGCGCUGGAGGCAGAGGAGCUGGCGCUGGCGUCCUCGCUCGAGGAGCGGCGGGCGGAGGACGAGGCGGAGGCGCGGCGGGACUCGCGGAACGAGGGCAGGCAGCGGGAGAUCGAGAAGCAGGAGGUGCAGCUGGAGGAGUACCACAUGCAGCUCGCGCUGGAGAUGAGCGCGCGGGAGGACCCCGAGGCGGUGCAGAUCGAGGUGGCCAAGCAGAUCAGCCUCGGCUCAUGCCCGCUCCGGAGCCCCGCGGCCGAGGUCCUCGCCUUCCGAUACUGGAGUUUCAAUGCCCUUAGCUACGACGACAAGAUCUUGGAUGGGUUCUAUGAUGUUUGGGCCAUUGGGGGAAAGCCACCAGUGCCAACCAUACCCUCCCUCGUGGAACUGCAGGAGCAACCUUUUUCGCAUGGAGCUAAAACAGAAGCUGUAUUGGUCAACAGAGCGCAAGACUCUGAGCUUGCGGAACUUGGGCAGAAGGCACUUGUCAUGGCUGCGGACUUUCGCUCACAAACUUCACAGUAUAUUGGCCGUGUUCUGAUUCAGAGACUGGCUAUUCUAGUGGCAAACCACAUGGGUGGACCAGUUUUUGACCCAGAAAAUGUGCUGUUGAAGUACCAGAGUAUGAGCAGUUCGCUGAGAGCUAGUAUAACAAGUGCGGUUAUGCCCCUUGGCCGGCUCACAACUGGUCUGGCUCGUCACCGGGCGCUGCUUUUUAAGGUGUUGGCCGACAACCUUGAUGUUCCUUGUCGACUAGUUAAAGGAAGGCAGUACACUGGAUCAGAUGACGGAGCCUUGAACAUUGUGAAAUUGAAUGAUGGAAGGGAGUACAUUGUCGAUCUCAUGUCCGAUCCCGGUACUCUUAUUCCUUCAGAUGGUGCAGACUUGGGUAAAGAAUUUGAAGAGAGUUCCUUUGCAGAUAAUCACCACGGUGAUAAAGAUGACGACAACACUCAGUUGGGGUCUUCUGUUAGUGAAGCUUCAACUCCUGUGUACGGUUCUUUUGAAAACGAGUCAAAAGGAUCCACACCUACCGAUGCUGGGCACUCGGACCCAUAUGGGGCAGUAACUGGACAGAGUCGUAACCAAGGAUCUUUGCAAUCAAGUUCAUACGGGGAACUAUCAGUUGGCUCACAUGCAAGUGAAAGUUUUCCUGUUAUCCAUGAAUCUAGAAGUACUGACCCUCACCCUACCGGGGUUGUGAAGAACAAAGAAAAGCCGAUUGCAGCAAAUAAGUCAAGUUCACCUUCGUCCUCUGCGGUGGGCAGCUCUCCAGCUGUACGGAGGACAAAGGUGAAAGAUGUCUCAGAGUAUAUGAUUAGUGCUGCAAAAGAUAACCCCCAGUUAGCUGAGAAAAUACAUGCUGUAUUACUAGAAAAUGGAGUUGUGCCACCGCCUGAUUUGUUUUCAGAAGAAUCUAAGGAACAGCCAAAGGACCUAAUUGUGUAUGACACAUCUCUGUUUCAAACAAAAGGUGAAAUGAUAAAGAGGAUGAAUGAGCUUGAAUCCACAUCACAUGAUGAAGGUCCUUCGUUGCCACCUCAUCCUGUACAUGAACACCAAACAAAGGCUGUUCCUUAUCGGAUGCCUCUGGAUCUUAAACCUGUCCAGGGAAUGGGUGUUUAUCAACCGCUGAAUUUCCAUGAUAACACUAAUCCCUCUUUGCCUCUGUAUGAACCAUCUGCGCUUUCCCGGGAAUAUCCAUUUCAACUUAUAAAGCAAAUGCCUGUUACAGCUGCUGCCGUUGCAACUGCUGCAGUGGUUGCAUCCUCAAUGGUUGUUGCUGCAGCUAAAUCUAACAGUGAUAUUAGACUAGAUGUGCCUGUUGCUGCUGCUGCCACUGCUGCGGCAGUUGUUGCCACAUCCGCUGCUGUUAAGCAAUAUGAAUACUUGGAGCCUGGUUGUCAGUUGGUUAGCUUGCCAAGUUCGUCAGAGGCAAAUGGACCAGUCCAUAGAGUUAGACAUGACUUCUGGAAUAAAGAUCAGCUGGAAAUUGAUCAUGGACAAGAAAAUUCCCUUGAGCAUGGAGAUGCUUUGGUUGAUGUGCCUCACGAAGCUGAAAGGAUUUCUGACAAGUCAAUUGGCACGGAGAGUGUAAGAUCUGAUAUAGCUAUGGAUGAUGUAGCAGAGUUCGAGAUACAAUGGGAAGAAAUUACUCUGGGAGAACGUGUUGGGCUAGGAUCUUUUGGAGAAGUGUAUAGAGGGGAAUGGCAUGGAACAGAAGUUGCAGUCAAGAAAUUUCUGCAACAAGAUAUUUCAAGUGAUAUUCUGGAAGAAUUAAAAGCUGAGGUGCGAAUAAUGAAGCGAUUGCGGCAUCCCAAUGUUGUUCUUUUUAUGGGCGCUGUCACUCGUACACCUAAUCUUUCUAUCUUGACUGAAUUUCUUCCAAGAGGUAGUUUGUUCCGGUUGAUCCGUCGCCCCAACAACCAAUUGGAUGAAAAAAAACGUAUAAGGAUGGCACUUGAUGUGGCCCGUGGUAUGAAUUAUUUGCACAACUGCACCCCUGUAGUAGUUCAUCGAGAUUUGAAGUCUCCAAACCUACUUGUUGACAAGAAUUGGGUAGUCAAGGUUUGUGAUUUUGGUUUAUCACGUAUAAAGCAUGAUACCUUCCUUUCCUCAAGAUCCACAGCUGGAACAGCUGAGUGGAUGGCACCAGAAAUACUUCGAAAUGAACCAUCGGAUGAGAAAUGUGAUGUUUUCAGCUAUGGGGUUAUAUUAUGGGAACUUUGUACUUUGUUACAACCAUGGGAAGGUAUGAAUCCCAUGCAAGUUGUUGGAGCUGUUGGUUUUCAGCAACGGCGUCUUGACAUUCCAGCCGGCGUGGAUCCCACCAUAGCAGAGAUAAUAGAGAAAUGCUGGCAAACAGACCCAAAGGUACGUCCAUCAUUUGCAGAGAUCAUGGUUGCCUUAAAACGGGUAUUGAAAAAUUUGUCUGCCAACCAACCAAGAAGACAGAGAGUACAGCUAACGGAUGAAUAAGGAAAAAAAUUGGAGAUGAAUAUCAGGUGACAACACAAACAAAAACGAAUGCAUUGGUCUCUCCUGCCUUCCAGCAGCUGCCCAUCUGUAACUACACCAUUUUUUGUAUAGCAACAAAUUCGGUGAUGGAAAAGGUGAAAUUUUGGUCGUUUUGCCCUCCAAUUACAGCUGUAAAUUUCCAUUGAAACUGGCAGAGACCUUCACAGCAUUACUGCUUCAGUCCAGUUGUGGGGUGAAAGGGAAUCCAGAUAAACAUAUCCAUCAAGGGAAAGUGAAGGAAAAAAGGAGAGCAAUUCCGAUGAAACUUGCUGCAAAACAAUGAUGUUGGACAAAGCCAUCUGAGCUCACACAUCAGUGUCGGUGUCUGUAGAAUGUGAUCCUCCUUUGUUUGGUCAUGCCUUAUGUCCUCCACCGAAAGCUGGCUGAUUCAUGUUCAAGAUACCGUUCUAAUGUUAUUCAACAGAAGAUCCUAUUGAUACUUCACCCUGCGCAUCAAGAGGUACCCUGGCAGGACCUUGUGUAUAUCACACCAUGGCAAAUUCGUCAGAAUUGGCGGUUAGACUGCAAAAAAAAAAAAACCUGUUGCUUGUACUAAAAAAAUCACAACUCUUUACAGCAGCAGUUUUGACUCUUCUAUUUUCUUUCUUUUUCUCAUUUGUCGCUGUAACAAGUGUACAAAAAUAUCGUAUAGAGUAGAGUGCUAAUUGAUUCUUUGCUACUCA